AAACAAUAAAACAGCUCACAUAAGCAUACACUAUCCACCAUGGCCAACCCACGACAGAGAAACAAGGCAAAGUCAUCCAGGACUCAAAAACCCAGCUUGAACGCAAAGAGAAGGAUGCACCAGAAGCUCAGGAAGGCGCCUCCUCUCAAGGGUCCCGAGGUGUUACAGGAAAAAUGGGACAAGAAGAAGACCGUCUUCCAAAACUACGCCGCCCUCGGUCUUCUCCCAUCUAUCCCCGUCUCUAAGGGCGCUUCCACCUCUCGAUCUCAGCGUGUCAAGCUCCCCGAAGUACCAGCCGAGGCUGAAGCCCAGAAUGUCAAGGUUGGGUUUGGUCGAAUCAUUAGGGAUGAAGAAGGGAAUGUGAUUGAUAUCAUCAUUGAUGAAGAUGAGGAGAAGCAGGAGGAGGAACAAAUAGAAGUCGAUGAGGAAAAAGAGUUGGAGCCUGUAGAAGCGAAGACCGAGGUCGUCAAGCGACUUGAGGAGCUUGCCGCGAGCGCUGCCCCUGUAAAGAGACAUUCCUCCAUGUCUGAACGAACGUGGCUUCAGCAGCUCGUUGACAAGUAUGGGGACGACACUGAGAGGAUGGCGAGGGAUCGCAAGUUGAACGUUUGGCAAAAAACUGAAGGCGAGAUUAAGCGGAUGAUAAAGAAGGCGGGUGGUGUCCAGAUGUUGAGAAAGUAAAAAUGGGAGAGUGUCGAGUGGAGUUGAGUGUAUUCGGCCCCACCAAAGGGGAAUAGAGCUUUAUGACAACUGUAUGAUCACUUGUAAUUCUUAGCUUUUGGCUUCUUCAUGCAGCAUUGUUACAUUUCCUCUUUGAAAGACAAACUGACGAAUUGAUAGCGAUGUGAAUGGUUGGUAUGCAUGCAGAC